UGUAAUGUACCUUUUCCAAUCCCGGGCUGUAUAUGGAGAUUUGGGAUUCUUUAAACCGGCGCUACCUGGAUUUUAUUAAAAAGCGGGGAGCUCGGCGGGAGGAAAGCUGGCUUUUCCGGGGGCUGCGGGAGCCGGGCCGCGGGAGGGCGGAGGAGUUGGCGCGCCGAGCGCUCGGCCCGGGGAGCGGUUUUCUACCAAAAAAAGGAAAGGCGGGCAAAAAGUGUGAGGCGGCUGCGGGUGGCGGAGGGGAGCGGCAGCCGCGGGAUGGCGGGCAGCACGGGCGCCUAGUCGCGCCGGGAGCCGGGGCUGCCACCGAAGUCGUUGUCGCCGGAGCCCGGAGUCAGGAGCCCAGCCGCGCCAGACGCCGAGUGGGCCGUCUAGCGCAGCUCCGUCAGGCAGCCCGGAGGAGCCCUACCGCCGGCCGCCUGUGCGCUCCGGGCCGCGGGCCCGCAUCCGAGCGCAAGCCCCGCUGGCCGCCGCCAUGCACGCCGCGGAGCACACGCCACCCGAGGACUCUAGGACUACGCCGAGGCCGAACUUUUAGGUCCUGCUGAGCUAGGCCUGCGGGCCGGGUGGGGGGCUGGCCGCGGCACUCCCGCGGAGGAUGGAUGGCCGAGACUUCGGGCCCCAGCGGUCCGUGCACGGCCCCCCGCCACCGCUACUGUCCGGCUUGGCCAUGGACAGCCACCGUGUGGGCGCGGCCACUGCCGGACGCUUACCCGCCUCGGGACUGCCCGGCCCGCUGCCGCCCGGGAAGUACAUGGCCGGCCUUAACCUACACCCGCACCCGGGCGAGGCCUUCUUGGGCAGCUUUGUGGCCAGCGGGAUGGGGCCCUCGGCCUCAUCCCAUGGGAGCCCGGUGUCCCUGCCCUCUGACCUCUCCUUCCGCUCCCCUACCCCCAGCAACCUGCCCAUGGUGCAGCUGUGGGCUGCACAUGCCCAUGAAGGCUUCUCCCAUCUGCCUAGUGGGCUGUGCCCACCUUACCUCCACCUGAGCCACCUAGAGCCACCCAGCAGUGGAAGCCCCCUCCUCAGCCAGUUGGGCCAGCCCAGCAUUUUUGACACCCAAAAAGACGGCUUCUAUCUGCCCGCCCCAGGGGCUGCGGGUACCCUGCACUCUCACACGCCAUCAACCAGGACUCCCAGUGGACACUCCUCAGGUGCCCCAGCCAAAGGCUCGUCGCGGGAAGGUCCGGCCAAGGAGCGGGCGGGCCGGGUCGUCGGGGAGCCUCCCAUUCUGUUCGGCAAGAAAGACCUGCGUGCCCGUGAGGAGGCAGCAGGGUCACGUGGUGUCGUGGACCUGACCCAGGAAGCACGGGGUGAGGGCCGCCAGGACCGAGGGCAUCCACGCCUGGCUGAGCGCCUGUCGCCCUUCCUAACUGAACCCAAGGGCAAGAGCGCACUGCAGCCAUCGGUCCUGAGCAUGUGCAACGGAACAGGGGACACGGGGCUGCCGGCGCUGGUGGCUGAGGUGGGCCGCAGUGGCGUCAAGGAGGCGGUCCGGCAGGAAGAGAGCGCACGGCUGCUGCGGCGCACAGAGGCCCUGCUUCCUGGGCCACGGCCCUGUGCCUCGCCGCUGCCCCCACCGCCACCCAAGGGGCCGCCUGCGCCAUCUGCGUCCGCACCUGCCGGCAUCUACACCGUCUUCCGAGAGCCAGGACGUGAGCACCGAGUGGUGGCGCCCACCUUUGUGCCUUCCGUGGAAACCUUUGACGAGCGGCCAGGGCCCAUCCAGCUUGCUUCGCAAGCACGUGAUGCCAGAGCCCGAGAGCGGGAGGCAGGAAGGCCUGGGGUCCUGCAGGCCCCUCCUGGCUCCCCGCGGCCACCAGACCGGCCCGAAGGCCUGCGCGAGAAGAACUCGGUCAUCCGCUCGCUCAAGCGGCCGCCUCCCGCCGAUAUCCCACCAGUGCGGGCCACCCGCGCCUCUCCGGAUGCCCGGGCCUACUUGCCGGCCAAGGAACUGCUCAAGCCUGAGGCCGAACCGCGUCCCUGUGAACGUGUGCCCCGCGGCCCAGCCGGCUCCUCCGGCUCCGCAGCCCAACAAGCAGCCAAACUCUUCAGCCUGGAGCCCGGGAGGCCACCUCCGCCCUCAGGCCCUGAACACAAGUGGAAGCCUUUUGAGCUCGGGAACUUUGCCACCACUCAGAUGGCUGUUCUGGCUGCGCAGCACCACCAUGCCAGCCGCGCUGAGGAGGAGGCUGUGGCUGCCUCCAAGAAGGCCUACCUGGACCCUGGGGGCACGCUGCCACGUGCUGCGGCGUCCUGCGGGAGGCCCGGUGCCGAUAUGCACCCAGCAGCUCAUGGACCUGGAGAGGCCUCGGCCAUGCAGAGCCUCAUCAAGUACAGUGGCAGCUUCGCCCGGGAGGCAGUUGCUGUGCGCCCUGGUGGCUGCGGCAAGAAGAGUCCAUUUGGAGGCCUGGGCACCAUGAAACCUGAGCCGGUCCCCACUACUGCGGGUGUCCCCCGUGCUCAGGCCCGUCUGCCGCACCCUGGAGUCCCUGCAGCAAGUGGGGGCCGGCAGCUGAAGCGGGACCCGGAGAGGCCUGAGAGUGCCAAGGCCUUCGGGCGGGAGGGCUCUGGUGCCCAGGGUGAGGCAGAAGUUCGACACCCGCCAGUGGGCAUUGCGGUGGCUGUUGCCCGGCAGAAAGACAGUGGUGGCAGUGGCCGGCUGGGGCCUGGGCUGGCAGAACAGGAACGUUCUCUGUCAUUGAGCAAUGUUAAAGGGCAUGGUCGAGCAGAUGAGGACUGUGCAGAUGAAAGGGCCAGGCACCGGGAAGAACGGCUGCUUGGGGCACGGCUGGACCGGGACCAAGAGAAACUGCUCCGGGAAAGCAAGGAACUGGCUGACUUGGCCCGCUUACACCCCACUAGCUGUGCUCCUAAUGGCCUAAACCCCAACCUCAUGGUAACUGGGGGUCCGGCGCUGGCGGGCUCAGGUCGUUGGUCUGCUGACCCUGCAGCCCACCUGGCCACACACCCCUGGUUGCCCCGCUCAGGCAGCACAUCCAUGUGGCUUGCUGGACACCCCUAUGGCUUGGGCCCUCCCUCUCUGCACCAGGGCAUGGCCCCUGCAUUCCCACCUGGCUUGGGGGGCUCCCUGCCAUCAGCCUACCAAUUUGUCAGGGAUCCCCAGUCGGGCCAACUGGUGGUCAUUCCUAGUGAUCACCUGCCUCACUUUGCGGAGCUGAUGGAGCGGGCUGCAGUGCCGCCCCUCUGGCCUGCCCUAUACCCGCCGGGCCGCAGCCCCCUGCACCAUGCACAGCAGCUGCAGCUCUUCUCCCAGCAACACUUCUUGCGGCAGCAGGAACUCCUGUACCUGCAGCAGCAGGCAGCCCAGGCCCUGGAGCUGCAGAGGAGCGCCCAGUUGGUGCAGGAGCGACUGAAAGCCCAAGAGCACCGGACGGACAUGGAGGAGAAGGCAGGCAAGCGGAACUUGGAGGCCACAGGCAAGGCUGGCUUGGCCGCGACGGGCCCAGGGCUGCUGCCUCGGAAGCCCCCUGGCUUAUCUGCUGGCCCCACAGGCACCUACAGCAAGGCUGUGAGCCCACCACCAUCUCCCCGAGCAUCCCCUGUGGCUGCCCUGAAGGCCAAAGUCAUCCAGAAGCUGGAGGACGUGUCUAAGCCGCCAGCCUAUGCUUACCCUGCCACCCCCAGUGCCCACCCCACCAGCCCACCGCCUGCCUCCCCACCGCCUACUCCUGGCAUCACCCGCAAGGAGGAGGCCCCUGAGAAUGUUGUCGAGAAGAAGGACCUGGAGCUGGAAAAGGAAUCCCCCAGCCCCUUCCAGACCCUCUUCUCAGAGAUCCCAUCCAGGUACCCGUUUCAAGCCCUGCCGCCACACUAUGGAAGGCCCUACCCGUUUUUGCUGCAGCCCACGGCAGCCGCUGAUGCAGAUGGCCUAGCCCCUGAUGUGCCACUCCCAGCUGAUGGGCCUGAACGCCUGGCGCUCUCACCUGAAGACAAGCCCAUCCGUUUGUCACCUUCUAAGAUCCCAGAGUCACUGCAGGAAGCCCCAGAGGAAGAGCCAUUGGCUGACCGAGAGGUGAAAGCAGAGGUGGAGGACAUGGACGAGGGCCCUGCAGAGCUGCCGCCCCUGGAAUCACCGCUAGCCCUGCCUACCGAGGAAGCCAUGGUGGCUCCAAGCCCCGCAGGUGGCUGUGGAGGAGGUCUCCUGGAGGUCCAGGGGCUGAGCACUGCUGGGCAGGGGUGCACUGAGCCCUCUGAGUGCCCAGACUUCACAGAGGGGGUUGAAGCUCAGGUGGACUCUCCUGGCCGGACAGAAUCCUGCACAGCUGCUAUAGACCUGGUGGGGCGGCUGACACCUGAGACACUGGUAGAGGCCAAGGAGGAGCCUGUGGAGGUGCCUGUGGCUGAGGCAAUGCCUGAGGAAGGCUUGGUGCAGGUGGCCCCAAGUGAGCCCCGGCCUGGCCUAGAAUUAUCAGACUGUGACAUGCCCACCAGGGAGGGACAGUGCCCUAGCCUAGAGCCCCAGGAGGAUGCGCCUGUGCCCAGCAGUGCCUGCUACCUGGAAGAGGCAAGCUGUGAUCUGCCCGGCCUGGAGGACCCACUGGCCGGCAUGCAUGCCCUGGCAGCGGCCGCAGAGCUUCCCCAGGCCAGGCCUCUGCCCUCCCCUGAUGCUGGAACCCAGGCCUCAGAGAAGCUGGAAGUGGCUCAGGGGCUUGUCUUGGAGAAGAGUUUCCUGCAUGGCAUCACGCUGCUGAGUGAGAUUGCAGAACUGGAGCUAGAGAGGAGGGGUCAGGAUGUGGGAGCUACAGAGCAUAGCCUGGAGGUGCGGCCCUCGCUAGAGAGCCUGCUGGCAGCUGGCAGCCACAUGCUGAAGGAAGUGCUGGAUGGCCCCUUUGUGGACCCACUCAAGAACCUGCGGCUUCCACGGGAGCUAAACCCUAACAAGAAGUACAGUUGGAUGCAGAAAAAAGAGGAGCGGAUGUAUGCGAUGAAGUCCUCUUUGGAGGACAUGGACGCCCUGGAGCUGGACUUCCGGAUGCGGCUGGCGGAGGUGCAACGGCAGUACAAAGAGAAGCAACGGGAGCUGGUGAAACUGCAGAGGCGCCGGGACUGCGAGGACAGGCGCGAGGAACCCCAUAGAAGCUUGGCACGCAGAGGCCCUGGCAGGCCGAGGAAACGGACUCACGCCCCGAGCACCCUGUCGCCCCCCCGCAAGAGAGGGAAGAGCCGCAACAGUAGCGGAAAGCUGAGCAGCAAGUCGCUGUUGACAUCGGAUGACUACGAGUUGGGAGCAGGGAUAAGGAAGAGACACAAAGGGCCUGAGGAUGAACAUGAGGCUCUCAUCGGAAUGGGUAAAGCCAGGGGGAGGAACCAGACAUGGGAUGAACACGAAGCCUCUUCUGACUUCCUCAGUCAGCUAAAGGUUAAGAAGAAGAAGAUGGCCAGCGACCAGGAGCAGUUGGCAAGCAAGCUAGACAAGGCCCUCUCUCUCACAAAGCAGCAGGACAAGUUGAAGUCGCCCUUCAAAUUUUCGGACAGUUCUGGGGGGAAAUCGAAAACCAGUGGGGGAUGCAGCAGGUACCUGACUCCUUAUGACAGCCUGCUGGGCAAGGACAGGAAGGUGCUGGCCAAAGGCCUGGGCCUGUCUCUGAAAUCCUCCAGAGAAGGUAAACAUAAAAGGGCUGCCAAAGCCAGGAAGAUGGAGGUGGGGUUCAAGGCCAGAGGCCAGCCCAAGUCAGCCCAUUCUCCGUUCGCCUCGGAAGUGAGCAGCUACUCCUACAAUACGGACUCAGAGGAAGAUGAAGAGUUCCUGAAGGACGAGUGGUCUGCUCAGGGCCCCUCCAGCUCCAAGCUGACAUCCUCCAUUCUUUGUGGCAUGGUGGCGAAGAGCAGCAAGGUGGCUGGCAGCCCCAAGCUGACCAAGAGGGGCCUAGUGGCCCCCCGGACUCUGAAACCCAAGUCGGCCACCAGCAGAAAGCAGCCGUUUUGUUUGCUGCUCCGAGAGGCUGAGGCACGUUCCUCCUUCAGCGACUCUUCGGAGGACUCGUUUGACCAAGAUGAGAGCUCCGAGGAGGACGAUGAUGAGGAGCUCGAGGAGGAAGCGGACGAGUCUGGCAGUGGCUCUAAGCUGGGUGCCCGGGAGCGGGCCCUGUCGCCGGGCCUGGAGGAGAGUGGGCUGGGCCUGCUGGCCCGCUUUGCGGCCAGCGCACUCCCCAGCCCUGCAGCGGGGCCAUCCCUGUCAGUGGUGCAGCUGGAGGCCAAGCAGAAGGCCCGGAAGAAAGAAGAACGGCAAAGCCUGUUGGGCACAGAGUUCGAGUACACGGACUCAGAGAGUGAGGUCAAGGUGUGCAAGCGGUCCCCAGCAGGGCUGCCGCGGCCCCGGAAAGUACUGGGGGAGCCCGGGCCACCUGCGCCCGUGCCUGCGCCCACUGCUCGGGGCCCACUCCCCGCCAGCCCUGACAAGGCCAAGCUGGCGGUAGAGAAGGGGCGCAAGGCCCGGAAGCUGCGGGGCACCAAGGAGCCUGGCUUUGAGGCAGGGCCCGAGGCCAGCGACGACGACCUGUGGACGCGGCGUCGCAGCGAGCGCAUCUUCCUGCACGACGCCUCGGCGGCUGCGCCGGCACCCACCCGCACCACUCCUGCGCCCCGGACCCGUGCCAAGGGCCCCCUGAGCCCACGCAAGGACACCAGCCGCGCCAGGGACAGGAAGGACCCCAGGAAGAAGAAGAAAGGGAAGGAGGCCAGUCCAGGAGCUGCACUGCCGACAUCCCGCACUCCUGCCCUGCCCCCUGAGACCAGGGCCCCUCACGCCAGCUCCUUGGCCACUGCCAAGAGGAAUAAGGCCAAAGCCAAAGGGAAAGAAGUGAAAAAGGAGAACCGGGGAAAGGGAGGUGCCGUAAGCAAGCUGAUGGAGAGCAUGGCAGCUGAGGAGGACUUUGAGCCCAACCAGGACUCGAGCUUCUCUGAGGAUGAACACCUGCCACGUGGUGGGGCUGUGGAGCGGCCCCUCACUCCAGCCCCUCGCUCCUGUGUCAUUGACAAGGAUGAACUAAAGGAUGGCCUGCGAGUUCUCAUCCCCAUGGAUGACAAGCUGCUGUACGCUGGGCACGUGCACACAGUGCACUCGCCGGACAUAUACCGCGUGGUGGUAGAGGGUGAACGUGGCAACCGGCCCCACAUCUACUGUCUGGAGCAGUUGCUGCAAGAGGCGAUCAUUGAUGUGAGGCCAGCCUCUGCUCGCUUCCUGCCACAAGGGACCAGGAUUGCAGCCUACUGGAGCCAGCAGUACCGCUGUCUCUACCCAGGCACUGUGGUCCGAGGGUUACUGGACCUGGAGGAUGAUGGGGACUUGAUCACCGUGGAGUUUGAUGAUGGAGACACAGGGAGGAUCCCCCUCUCGCAUAUCCGCCUUCUGCCUCCCGACUAUAAGAUCCAGUGUGCUGAGCCAUCCCCAGCCCUCUUGGUGCCGAGCGCCAAGCGCCGCAGCCGUAAGACCAGCAAAGACACCGGGGAAGGCAAAGACGGGAGCACAGCAGGGUCUGAGGAGCCAGGAGCCAAGGCCCGAGGGCGAGGGCGGAAACCCAGCGCCAAGGCCAAGGGUGACAGAGCUGCAGUUCUGGAGGAAGCAGGCUCAAAAGAUGAGGUCCCCAGUACCCCCUUGGCCCUGGAGCCAAGCAGUACCCCAGGCUCCAAGAAGAGCCCCCAAGAGCCCGCAGAUAAGCGGACCAAAGUCCCCAAGGCCCGCCUGGCUGCCCCCCAACCCAGCCCUGCACCACCCACCUUUGCCAGUGGCCCUGCUCCCGAGCCCUUUGGGGAGCUGCCGGCUCCCGCUGCCCCCCUCAUUACCAUGCCUGCCACCCGCCCCAAGCCCAAGAAGGCACGGGCUGCCGAGGAGUCAGGUGCUAAGGGCCCUCGCAGACCGGGGGAGGAGGCUGAGCUACUUGUCAAACUGGACCAUGAGGGGGUCACAUCGCCCAAAAGCAAGAAGGCUAAAGAGGCCUUGCUGCUCCGUGAGGACCCAGGAGCUGGAGGCUGGCAGGAACCCAAGGGCCUGCUGGGCCUGGGUGGCUACCCUCCAGCUACAGGCAGCAACGAGCCUAAGACAGCCUGGCCCAAGGCUGCAGAUGGGGAUCUGGCCCAGGAGCCUGGGCCAGGGCUCACAUUUGAGGACUCUGGGAACCCCAAGAGCCCAGACAAGGCCCAGGCGGAGCAGGACGGGGCUGAGGAGUCAGAGAGUGGCAGUAGCAGCAGCAGCAGCAGCAGCAGCAGCAGUAGCAGCAGCGGUUCAGAGACGGAAGGCGAGGAAGAUGGCGACAAGAGUGGGGAGGGAGGCCGUGGUGCCGGGGGCCGCAACUGCAGUGCUUCCAGCUCCAGGGCAUCCUCCCCUGCCUCCUCAUCCUCUUCAUCCUCAUCUUCCUCCUCCUCGUCAUCCUCCUCUUCUUCUUCCUCGUCCUCCUCAUCAUCCUCUUCGUCUUCCUCCUCAUCCUCCUCGUCGUCCUCCUCUUCCUCCUCGUCGUCCUCGUCCUCCUCAUCAUCCUCUUCGUCUUCCUCCUCAUCCUCCUCGUCGUCCUCCUCUUCCUCCUCGUCGUCCUCGUCCUCCUCUUCCUCUUCCUCCUCUUCCUCCUCCUCAUCCUCCUCCACCACAGAUGAAGACUCCUCCUGCAGCUCAGAUGAUGAGGCAGCUCCUGCAGCAGCGGCCGGGCCCUCCACCCCGCCUGCGCUUCCCACCAAGGCACCCAAACAGGCCAGCAAGGCACGCUCUUCUGCCCACUCCCCUGGCAAGAAGGCAGCCACACCGCAGCCCCAGGCACCCCCGCCUCAGCCCCCACAGCCCCUACAGCCCAAAGCUCAGGCUGGGGCCAAGAGCCGACCUAAGAAGAGAGAGGGCGUCCACCUCCCCACCACCAAGGAGCUGGCCAAGAGGCAGCGUCUUCCAUCAGUGGAGAACCGACCCAAGAUUGCUGCCUUCCUACCAGCCCGGCAACUCUGGAAGUGGUUCGGCAAACCCACCCAGCGUCGAGGCAUGAAGGGCAAGGCCCGCAAGCUCUUCUACAAGGCCAUUGUGCGUGGCAAGGAGCUCAUCCGUAUUGGGGACUGCGCUGUGUUCCUGUCAGCUGGCCGCCCUAACCUGCCCUACAUUGGCCGCAUCCAGAGCAUGUGGGAGUCGUGGGGCAACAACAUGGUGGUCCGUGUCAAGUGGUUCUACCACCCAGAGGAGACAAGCCCUGGCAAGCAGUUUCACGAGGGCCAGCACUGGGACCAGAAGUCUGGCCGUAGCCUCCCCGCAGCCCUGCGGGUCUCCAGCCAGAGGAAGGACUUCAUGGAGCGUGCCCUGUACCAGUCCUCACAUGUGGACGAGAAUGACGUGCAGACGGUAUCGCACAAGUGCCUGGUGGUGGGCCUGGAACAAUAUGAGCAGAUGCUCAAGACCAAGAAGUACCAGGACAGCGAGGGCCUGUACUACCUCGCGGGCACCUAUGAGCCCACCACGGGCAUGAUCUUCUCCACAGACGGUGUGCCCGUGCUCUGCUGAGCCCGAGGCUGCCUUGUGCCCUGGGGGCCAACAGGGCCCUCACCAUCACUGCCACAGCGCAGGGACCACGUGCGUUGCGUGCAUGCAAGUGUGCCCAUGGGCAUGUGCAUGGGGCCAGGUGUGACGUGGACGCCUCGGGCGAGUGUGAGUGUGUACAUGUGUGUGCCCGUAUGCAUGCACGUGUGUGCACACAUGUGCACACAUCUCAGCCCUACUCUCCUAACCCCUCAGUGCCCCCAGGACAGGGGCUCCUCUCAGCUAUCAGGGUAUGGCUUUGCUGUCCCCCUCAGGGUGGUCCCGGCCAGGACUGGCCUCAGGCCUCCGGUCCAGCACCUUGUAAGCACUUGGCCAGGUGCCCCUAGGCCCAAGCAGACUGGGGGUUUGGUGGCGAGGGGGCUUCCAAGCAACCAAACUGACACUCUGGGGUUCCUGGCACCCAUGGCACGGAGCAUACCCCAAGAUCUCCCCCUGAGGGAUGGGGCGGUCCAGUGCCAGCUGGCCUCACCCAUUGUGCCAGGCCUGCUCUGGGCACCCUUCCUGGUCAGCCCCACCCUCUCAGGAUGGUCUGGACUUAGGGAACAGCUGGGCAAGGGUGGAGCCCAGGAGCAUCACACAGUGCCAGGUGGAGGGGGCUGCAUGCUCCAAGGUCUGGCAAGCGCCCCCUCGGCCCAGAGCCUCACACUACAGAAAACCCCAUUGGUGCUGAAUCCUCGCCGGCCAUGCCCGGCCCCUCCCCGCCCAGGAGGGAGGUGGCAGUUCUUAACCUGUACAGUUUUAUUGUACCGAGAGACUCACCCCGCCCCUGUAUCAUAAGCCUUUAAAUGGAGUCAACUUUUUAAUUAUAUAUAUAAAGAUAAAUAUAUAUAAAUAUAUAUAAAUAUAAACUUUUUAAAACUGUGAAAAAUAGCUAUGAAAUUAUAAAAAAAAAGCGAACACAUUCUGACGUGCAGAAUAUUAUUUUUUAUUUCCUGUUAGAUUGUGAGUGUCUAGCACCCAGCUUCACCGGCUUCAUCGGCCUCCUCAGCCCCCAGCACACACCCCCUGCAGCCCAAGGGUGCCGUACUUGCCCCCAGGACUAAAAAUGAGUUAGGGAGAGAGAGACAGCAGACUGAGCAAGGGACAGGGAGGGAGCCACCCCAACCUAAGGUCCUGCUCAGGCCCAAGAAAGCACUUAACCAGCCUCCGAGCCUUCCAGGGAAAGGGAGGCUUCGUCCAGACAAUCUUGAGGGAAGGAAAAGCCAGACUUCGGUUUUGUUUUUUGGGGGGAAUUAUUGUUUUCCCUUUUUUUUUUUUAAGUUUCUUUUGGAAUUUUGUUUGUUGGCAAAUUCUGUGUGAU